UAUUAUAUUUUCUUUUAUCAAGAAUUAUGCAACGUAUUAAUAUAAAGUUUCCUCUAUGACUGUUUGAUAACUUUAGUAUUUUUCAAACACUAAAGUAUUAUUUCUUAUGUAGUUUAAUCACCAGAUAGCGCAAAUGGCUAAAGACUCCUAUCUAUAUGAAUGUGAUAUUCCUGGAAUGUAUAUCUAUUUUAAAUACAAGUAAAUGUCAAAACGUAAGAUAAACAGAAGCGCGCAUAUCAACUAACUUGACGGUUAGUUGUUUUCCGUAACAAAUCAAUAAUAAAAUUUCUUCUUAGAGCAAGUCAUGUAAUAGUAAUCAAAAAUAUUGCUAUUAAAGUUUUCGUUAUAAAUAAGUUGUAUAACUUUAUUAUUUAUUAUCUUCAUUAUAUUCAUAAUUUUAGUCAAAAAUGUCAGAUGAAGAGGAUACUACUAUACUAUUAAAUCAUGGAAAUAACAAUAUUGAAUCAAUAGCAAAUAAAUCAAUAAAUGAAGAUUAUCAAUGUAUUCUUGAAAGAAAUUUAAAAAAACAAAAUCCUAAACAACAUGAUAAUUUAAUACCAUUGCAAAAUGUAACAUCAAGAAAUCAAAAUAUUCUAAUUUCUAUAGUGGCACUCUUAGCAGGUAUAGCUUUUGGUUGCGAUAUGUCUAUAAUAAAACCAAUGGCACCUUUUAUCAAAAAUGAAUUUGAGUUGAAUUGUUUUGAAAUAAAUCUUCUUAUUGGUAUUUGGUUUAUGGGUGCACUCCUUGGAGGAUUAACUGGUGGCAUUGCAAUAGAUUCUUUUGGAAGACGUUGGACAAUGAUAUUAAUGCUGAUGUUUUUAAUAUUUGGUACCGUUUUAUCUGCAUUAGUCAAUCAUUAUGUUUUGUUAUUAAUCUCUCGAAUUAUUUGUGGUUACUCUAGUACAGUAUCUACACUAUCCCAUUGCAUAUAUAUGGCUGAAGUAUCAGAGUCAAAUAAAAGAGGAUAUAACAUCAUAUUGUAUCAAUUGGGUGCAGCUGUAGGAUUUUUAAUGACUAUUAUUGCUGCUGUUUUCACAACUUUGGAUCAUCAAUGGCGAUUCUCUUUAGGAAUAAUCGUUGUCCCUGCAUUAAUAGCUUGCAUUACUACUGUUUUAUUUCUUCAGAAAUCACCACCAUUUUUAUUAUUAAAAAGAACAAAAAAUGUUAUUUCUAAAACAACAUCUAAAGGUUCAAAACAUACAAUUUUUGAAAUACUGUCAAUCAUGGUUUUCAUGAUGAUUUUACAGCAAACAACUGGCAGAGAACAAGUUUUAUAUUAUGCACCAAGAUUGUUUGUUCUUUUGGGAAUCUGUUCAAAUACAGCAGAAGUUACUGCUUUAAUAUCUUUGGGAAUUGUUAAAAUUUUCAGUACAAUUUUAUCAUUAGUGAUAGUAGAAAAAUGUGGACGUCGCACAGCUCUAAUAACAUCAGCUACAAUAUGUAUGACAACUAUAUCAUUAUUAUCUUUACUUGCAACAAUAGAUAGGGGUAGUUACAAUAUAGAUAUUGAAGAUACACAUUGCAAACGUAUUGCUGAAAAAAAUAUACAGAACAUUAUACCAAUUGGAUCUCCACCACCAUUUCCUUUAUUGCCUACACCUUUAGCUGUAAUUGAAUCAACUCCUGAAACUUGGACACAAAUAAAAGCAUCCUGUGAGAAUCAAAGUGUUGUCUUCUCAGAAGGUUUUACAAAUGGUUUACGUAUCUUAGCAGUGACAACUUUACUUGUAUAUGAAGCAGCAUAUACCUUAGGGCUUGGCCCGGUCCCUUUACUGAAUUUAAGCGAAUUUUUUCCUGUAUCAAUACGUGGUAAAUGUGCUAGUUUCGCAAUAACAGUUAUGUGGACAACUCAUAUCUUAACUAUAGAAACUGUCAAUAAAAUUAUAAGAUCAAUGACUUUAGCUGGUUCUUAUUUAUUUUAUAGCUUUAUGUGUCUAAUCACUAUAUUUUAUAUCUUUUUAUUUAUUCCUGAAACAAAAGGAAAAUCUUUACAUCAAAUAGCUCAAGAACUUAAUAAAAUUUCCAUAGUUACACGAUUAUGUAAAAAUGUGUAUAGUUUACCACUUAUUUGUCACAUCAAAUGGAUCAAAAAGUAUGAAAAUACUACAAAUAAAAAACAGAGCAUUCUAAUCUAAAAGCUGAUUAAAGAUUCAUAGUAAUUUAAAAUGUUCGUAAAUUUUUAUAUAUAAUCUAGUCAAUUAAACAUAUCAGAUAAUUAAUUUUAUUUUAUAUACACGUUAUGAAUAUGUAUAUAAAUUCACAUUUCUUAA